AAAUCACGUGACGGGAGCAUUUCAAACAAGCGUCAUAGCGGCGUAUUGAGCGCUCGACACGUCAGUACUCAGCAGCACAUCACUAGUUUGCUCUUAUGAGACCCUCGCGCUCAGACUUCUGCACGGCCAUAAGAUCAAGCAAAGGUGCGGAAGGGCUUUCCCAUUUCACAUGGCCAUAUACUGAGGUGUCUAAUGGCCUCCAGCUUAGGACUGUCCAUGUUAGAAGAGAAUCUGAGAAGAGAAGGGCAGACACUUAAUGAUAGAGAAGAGUUUCCCACAGAGCAUGGCCUCUGCCAAAGAAGUUGGAGUGGAUGAAAGAACGGUGGACAUUAAAGAAGAGGACUGUGAGCGGCUCACACCAGAGGAUGUGUGUGUGAAGUUGGAGGAUCACGAAGAAACAAUUUCAGUUUUUAAAGAGGAGGAGGAGUGCAAGGAGGUGACUGCUGCCAUUAAAGCUGAGGAUUUGAAUGAUUUCUCCAUUGGUCUUGAACUUCAAAAGCAUGAAACUGAGAAUAUUUUCAAGAAAGAUACCUGUGAAGAAUCUCCAUCCAGUUUACAGCCCUGGUCCACUAAUAGAGGACAACUGGAUACGCAGGAGAAUUCUGUAGAACUGAAAUCAGAGUUAUCGGAGUCUGAAGAGAAAAUCACCGAGGAAAAUGGGAGAGAAGGAGAAGAGUCACCUGGGAGUGUUGGAAUAAAUGGCAGCUUCUCUCCACCUUCAUUUGGUCAGCCCUCUCUUCAAUACAAUGAGAAAGGUAGGAAGAAAUCAGCAAGAGGAUCAGAGAACCUGACAGCAGCCUUUUUACAGUGCAGUUCUGUCCCUGCUACUUCAGUAACAGAGACCGAAGCCAUCAAAACUGAUCGACAGCAAGUGGAGAAAGAAAUUCAAAUUCACAGUGGAAAAAAAUGUUGUUUGGAAUGUGGCAAACAAUUCACACACAAAAGUGAUCUUAAUAGGCAUAUGGAGAUUCACACUGGAGAAAAACCAUAUUGUUGUAAUGAAUGUGGUAAGUCCUUCUCGUGGAGAAGCAAUCUUGUGAGGCACAGAAGAAUCCACACAGGAGAAAAACCUCAUUGUUGUCCAGAAUGUGGUAAGUCGUUCUCAUGGAGAAGUCAUCUUCAGAGGCACAGAAGAGUUCACAUUGUAGAAAAAGCUCAUUGUUGUCCAGAAUGUGGUAAAUCGUUCUCAAGAAGAAGCAACCUUCAGAACCACAGAAGAAUACACACUGGUGACAAACCUCAUUGCUGUUCAGAAUGUGCUGACUAA